AUGGACGGCGGCAAGGUAACCCCGGGGAGGACGAUGGCGCUGCUCGCCGGCGCGUCGGUGCUGCGGCUGGCCAUGUUCACGCUCCUGCCGGGCCUGCCCGACCUGCUCGCGGGCCGCGUCGAGAUCUCGACCCCCGUCACCAGCUUCAAGCGCCUGCAAGAGGGCCUCUUCCUCUACAACCACAACGUCUCGCCCUACGACGGCGGCGUCUACCACCAGGCGCCGCUGCUGCUCCCGCUCUUCUCGCUGCUGCCCAGCUUCGCCGCCUUCCCGCUCGCCACCUAUAUGCUCUACAUUGGCGCCGACCUGCUGAGCGCCCGCGCCCUGCUGCGCAUCGCCGGGUCGGGCGAGGCCGGCGAGUCGGCCCUGUUCGCGUCGCCGCGCCGCGAGAAGCGCGCGAGCGGCCUGGUCGUCGCCGCCCUCUUCCUGUUCAACCCCUUCACCAUCGCGUCGUGCGUCGGGCGGUCGACGGGCGUCUUCACGACCUGCGCCAUCCUGCACGCCAUCGCCCGCGCCGUGUCGGGCGCGCCGCUCGGCGCCAUGGUCGCCCUCUCGUUCGCCGCCUACCUGUCCAUGUACCCGCUACUCCUGCUCCCGCCGCUGCUGCUGCUGUGCUACGACCGGCAGCUGUCGAAGCACGCUACGCAGUCCCUGACCCAAUUCGCGACGACGCACCUGGCCGUGGCCGCGGGCGUGCUGGCGGCGCUGUUCUGGAUGUCGUUCCUGGUGGCGGGGUCGUGGGAGUUCCUGCCGUCGACGUACGGCGUGCAGCUGACGCUGUCCGACCUGGCGCCCAACGUGGGGCUGUGGUGGUAUUUUUUUGUUGAGAUGUUCGACUCGUUCCGGUCCUUCUUCCUGGCUGUCUUUUGGCUGCACCUGUCGUGCUACGUGGGCGGGCUCACGGUGCGGCUGCGGCGCCAGCCGCUGGCCGUGCUGACGCUGCUGCUAGGCAUCUUCGCCGUCUUCAAGCCGUACCCGAGCAUCAGCGACACAUCGCUGUUCCUGGCCCUGGUGCCGCUGUACCGCCACGUUGUGCCGCUGAUGCGCUACACCUUCGUCGUUGCCGCCGUCAUCAUGUACGCCACCUUCCUCGGCCCGGCCUUCUACCACCUGUGGAUCUACGCCGGCAGCGGCAACGCCAACUUUUUCUACGCCAUCACGCUGGUUUGGGGGUUGGGCCAGAGCCUGCUGGUGUGCGAUCUGACGUUUGCCGUGCUGCGCGACGAGUGGGAGGUGGAGCGGCCCGAGAUGGUGGGCAAGGAGAUCCGGCAGAUAUGAGCCAGCCCGUAGUCUGCGCGGCUGCACUAUACGCGGCUGCACUAUACGCAGCUGCACUACAACUACACAUGUACAAGUAUCCAAAAGACGAGGUGGUGUCCAACGGUAUCAAAAAUCAUAGCAUUGAGAGGGAAUCUUUGUCUAGCCUUAGCUUAGCCUGUCCGGCCGCUCCAGAACGCCUAUAAGGUGCAACCCAUU